UAAUGUUCUUUGGUGUGAGAUUGACAGCAGGUGCUGUGCUGCGCCUUUAAGAGGCAGUUCUCUUGCUACUGGUUAUUGCCUUUAUCUCUGCACCAAUCACAUGCAGAAUUGUACAAAGAGAUCUACUCCCUCCCCCACUGACAUUACAACGUUCAGUGCAGACGGUGACGAGGAAUGCUCUAAUCUCUCCUAUAAAAUGGAUUCUAACAUAUUUUUGAGACAAAAUGGAAAAGCGAAAUUGUCGUCGUGGUGGUACCCCUAGUUUUUAUUAGAACGGUGAAUCGUCUGGAUUUAAAAUCAAAAUGACAAAGAGGGUGGCAUUCAGAUGUUGGAGGCAUUAUUUGCUCUUCUUUUUUCUCUUUCUUCUUUUGUGGAGUACGACAGAAGGACAGACUCGCUACUCAAUUCCCGAGGAAUUAAAUGUGGGCGCUGUUGUUGGAAAUAUUGCAAAAGAUUUAGGUUUGAAAAUAUCUGAGCUGUAUGACCGUAAAUUGCGAAUAGCUUCUGAAUCAGGUAAGCAGUAUUUCAGCGUGGAUUUACGCAGAGGAGAAAUUGUGGUUAAAGAGAGAAUCGACAGAGAAAUCCUUUGUGGAAAAAACGCAAAUUGUCUGCUGCCUCUUCAAAUUGUUAUCGAGGAGCCUUUACAACUUUACAGAGUGGAAGUCGACAUACAGGAUAUUAAUGACAAUUAUCCGCAUUUUCAGUCGACGGACCGCGUUUUAAAGAUAGCAGAAUCAACUGUCCCUGGCAUGCGUUUUCCUUUGGAGAGCGCAGUAGACCCAGAUGUUGGAAGUAAUUCCUUGAAAUCGUAUACUUUAAGUAAAGACGAGUGUUUUAGUUUAAAAGUAAAAGACCUUGGAGAUGGGCGCAAGGUACCUGAAUUAGUACUGGAAAAACCUCUGGAUCGCGAGAAGAAACCGAUGCAUCAGCUUAUGUUAACUGCUUUAGACGGGGGGAAGCCGGUUAGAUCUGGAACUUCACAAAUAAACAUCACUGUGCUGGAUAACAAUGACAACAACCCCGUAUUUGAGAAAAUAGUUUACAAAGUGGCCAUUAAUGAAAACGCCAAGCAAGGAACGUCAUUUUUAAAGGUUAAAGCAACGGACUUAGAUGAAGGUCCUAAUGGAGAUAUACAGUAUUCUUUAGGGGAGCACACAUCUGAAGAGCUGCGCUCAUUGUUUUGUAUUAACGAGAAAACCGGCGAAAUGAUCCUGAAUGGGGAGUUAGACUAUGAGACCACCCCUAUUUACAACAUUGAGAUCAGUGCCAAAGAUAGAGGGGUUCCCGAAAUGGAGGGUCAUUGUUUGGUUGAAAUUGAAGUUGCAGAUAUUAACGACAACCCACCACAAAUAGUGCUGACAUCUAAACCGAGCCCCGUGCUGGAGAACGCGCCAAGCGGGACAGUUGUAGCGUUAAUAAGCGCACGGGACAUCGACUCUGGUGACAAUGGAAAAGUCAGUCUGCAGAUACAGUCUGAUCUUCCAUUUAUUUUAAAACCAUCCUUUUCAAACGAAUAUUCGUUGGUUACAAACGGCGUUUUAGACCGCGAAACUUACCCGGAGUAUAACGUGGAAAUCACUGCAUUCGACUCAGGCUCGCCCCCUUUAAAUACCAAAACAAUAAUUCCAGUUAAAAUUCUUGAUGUUAACGACAAUGCCCCAAAGUUCCCUGAUAACGUGUAUUAUGUGUACGUAAAGGAAAAUAACACUCCAGGCUCUAUUAUCUGUUCGGUAUCUGCUCAAGACUUUGAUGUCGGCGUAAAUGGUAAAAUAUCAUACUCUAUUGAGAUCCCUAAAAAUUGGGAUACUCCAGUAUCCUCGUAUAUGUACAUAAACUCUGACAAUGGAAGCAUAUUUAGCAUGCAUUCGUUUGACUUCGAAAAAAGAAAAGUGUUUGAGGUCAUCGUUCAGGCUAAAGAUCAUGGCUCUCCAUCUUUAAGUAGUAACGCGACAGUGUAUGUGUUUAUUCUGGACCAUAACGAUAACGCACCUGCUGUCAUUUAUCCGUCCUCAUCCAUGGGGUCUGUUACUCAUCAGAGGAUGCCCCGGUCUGCUAAAGCAGGACAUCUCGUUACUAAGGUAACAGCAGUGGACGCGGACUCGGGUCAUAACGCCUGGCUGUUCUACAGGCUCGCAGAGGCCACGGACGCGUCUCUGUUCAGUGUCAAUUUACAUACGGGAGAGGUGAGGACUAAACGCGCUGUUUCAGAGCACGAUGACUCCUCUCAGAGACUGCUGAUAGAAAUAAAGGAUAAUGGAGAGCCGAUCCAGUCCACCACAAUCACAGUGGAUAUACUGAUAGAAGACCGGUUUCAUGAGCCCAUCUCAGACUAUAAAGAGAAAACUAUCGAGUCCAACAAGGAAAGUGGCACAAUUACUUUAUAUCUAAUCAUCUCUUUGGCUUCCGUGUCCUUGUUGUGUCUGUUGACAUUUUUCAUUUUGCUGGUGAAAUGUGCGCGAGGCAGUAGAGGCGGCUCAAGCUGCUGUAUCAGGAGGACAAAUUCUGAAUACAAGAACCCCAACAGAGACCUGCAGAUCCAGCUCAACACUGACGGGCCCAUUAAGUAUGUGGAGGUUCUGGGAGGAGACAUGAUGUCUCAGAGUCAGUCCUUUGGCUCCUAUCUCUCUCCAAUGUCAGAAUUCAGUGACCUUACACUCGUUAAACCCAGCAGCACCACAAACUUUACAGACACGCUAAACGUGCUUGAUGCGUCAUCACCAGACAGCGCGUGGACGUUCGAGAGCCAACAGCAAAAUCCCCCUAAUGCUGACUGGCGAUUUUCCCCAAACCAGAGGCCUGGACCCAGCGGCCAACACAGGUUCCACACCCUGCAGCAGAGAUGGACUCCAUACGAGAAGUCCAGGGCUGGAGCUCGUCCUGAUGAGGCAGAUGCCAGCGCUGGUGUGAUAGCGGGAACAAGACCGUGGCCCAACCCCCCUACCGAAGCUGAACAGUUCCAAGCUCUGAUAGCGGCAGCGAACGAAGUAAGUGAAGCCACUGCAACUCUCGGCCCUCGCUACAAUCCACAGUACGGCCCGGACUACCGCCAGAACGUCUACAUCCCGGGUAGUACUGCCACCCUCACGGCCAACCCUCAACAACAGGUACCCCAGCAGGCCCUUCCCCCUCCCCAGGCCCUUCCUCCUGUUGAAGCCCCCAAGGCAGCUCAGACACCUGCCAGCAAGAAGAAGCCUACUAAGAAAGACAAGAAAUAAGAUGCGUGGAAGCACUAUCAAAGUCGCCAGAAAUAUGUCGCCAGGAUCUGAGCAUCUCUCCUAAAAAAAACGAGUCCACAGGUUUGGUUAAAGAAUCAACAAUCUUUAAAUUUAAUGUUCUUUGUGAGAUUUUUAUUUGUUUGUUUUAGAUUUCCUUAUUUUUAUUUAUUGUAUUUUGAAUUGCAUUACAGUAUCUUACUCAAUAACCCCCAAAAAUCAA